CAUUUUGGAUCAUGAUAUUUAAUUCUGCUUUGACUUAUGGAAUAUUGUACUUUGUUAAAGGUCCUUGGGGCCCAAAACUCGUAUUCUUGUGUGUUUUGGGACAUUUAAGUAUUAAUCAUUUAUUCCGUCAAUGGAAUCAAAUAUCACUUGAACGUUAUGAUCCUACGGGUCCACAUAUGGUGUUGGAACUUUCUCCAUAUCAAAAGAGUAAAUCAAUUCCCUCGUUGCCUCCAGUCCUUGAAUUCUUAGGUUAUGUAUUCUUUUUCGGUGGGUUCUUGGUCGGUCCAUCCUUCGAUUUUAUGGAUUAUAGAAGAUUUGUCAAUAUGGAAAUGUAUCGAGUUGACAAAACAGAUAAAAUUGAAAAAACAGAUAAUGAUAAAAUUAAAUCCAUUAAAGAUGGUGUUAAAUUUACAAAGGGAAUUUCAUAUGUCAUACCUGAUGGUUCGUUACCUGCUAUGAAAAAAUUAACCUCAGGAUUCUUUUUUAUUGUGUGUCUGGUCACGUUCGGAGGAAAUUAUCCAUAUGAAUGGACUUUGAGUGAAGAAUAUAAAAAUCUUUCAUUUUUUAAUAG